AUGAGUUUUUUGUUCUGUUGUCUGGGUGAAUCUUCUGAUUCAAGUGAUGAUAAAUCUCAAACUCCUCAAACUAGAACCGUUAGUUCAGGUGUAAAUAGAAAGGAUAUAACCGCAAAUAAUAUUAAUCCAAAAUCAUCAACCACUAAAUCUACUACAUCCAAUACAUCAAAAGUGCCAGAAAUAGUUGCUACCGCUACUAAAACUUCUAAAGGUCAUCAAAAUAGUAAUAGUAUACAUAAAAAAGAUUUACUUGAUGAUGAUAAUUCUAUAAAUGAAACUGACACCAUAACAAAUACUGGCGACGAAGCCAAUAAUACUCCUAUAUCUCAUCCUGAUAAACAAUUAUCAUCUGAUCAACAACAAAAUAUAAUAACUCAAGUUAGUCCAUCAUCAAGUAAUGGAGUUAUUUCUGCCUCUAAUAAAUCCAUUAAUUCUCAUCAAAAUAAACAAAAUGGAGUUGAAGAACAAGAUGAAGAAGAUGAAGAUGAUGAUGAUGAUGAACAUGAUGAAGAAAUAUAUGAUGAAGAUGAUGAUGAAAUGGAAGAUGAAUCAGUUUUAGAUUUAACUAAACUUCAAGAUGGUCAAGCUUUUAAUCCUGAAACUGGAUUUCUUUUGGGCAAAAAGGAUAAAAAAUUUGGUUCUAAAAAAUGUCUUAUUCUUGAUUUAGAUGAAACUUUAGUUCAUUCAUCAUUUAAAUAUUUAAAAACUGCUGAUUUUACUAUUCCAGUUGAAAUUGAUAAUCAAGUUCAUUAUGUUUAUGUAAUAAAAAGACCUGGAGUGGAUGAAUUUUUAAAGAAAGUUGGUCAAUGGUAUGAAGUUGUAGUAUUUACAGCUUCAGUGGCAAAAUAUGGAGAUCCUUUAUUAAAUAAAUUGGAUAUUUAUAAUUCUGUUCAUCAUAGAUUAUUUAGAGAUUCAUGUUAUACUUAUCAAGGAAAUUUUAUUAAAAAUUUAUCUCAAAUAGGACGUACAUUAAGUGAUUCAAUUAUUAUUGAUAAUUCACCUGCAUCUUAUAUAUUCCAUCCUCAACAUUCCAUUCCAAUUUCAAGUUGGUUUAGUGAUACUCAUGAUAAUGAAUUAUUAGAUUUAUUACCAUUUUUAGAAGAUAUAUCUAAAACCAACGUUGAUGAUGUUGGAUUAGUUUUAGAUAUAUCAUUAUAG